UUCGACCACUUCCAGAUCCUGCGGGCCAUCGGGAAGGGCAGCUUUGGCAAGGUGUGCAUCGUGCAGAAGCGGGACACAGAGAAGAUGUACGCCAUGAAGUACAUGAACAAGCAGCAGUGCAUUGAGCGUGAUGAGGUCCGCAACGUGUUUCGGGAGCUGGAGAUCCUGCAGGAGAUUGAGCAUGUCUUCCUGGUGAACCUCUGGUACUCCUUCCAGGAUGAGGAGGACAUGUUCAUGGUGGUGGACCUACUGCUGGGUGGGGACCUGCGCUACCACCUGCAGCAGAAUGUCCAGUUCUCCGAGGACACAGUCAGGUUGUACGUCUGUGAGAUGGCGAUGGCCCUCGACUACCUGUGCAGCCAACAUAUCAUCCACAGAGACGUCAAGCCUGACAACAUUCUCCUGGAUGAACAAGGACAUGCACACCUGACAGACUUCAACAUCGCCACCAUCAUAAAGGACGGGGAGAGAGCGACCGCCCUGGCUGGCACCAAGCCCUAUAUGGCCCCUGAGAUCUUCCAGUCCUUUGUCAGCGGAGGGACCGGCUACUCCUUCGAGGUGGAUUGGUGGUCGGUGGGGGUCAUGGCAUACGAGCUCCUUCGAGGAUGGAGGCCGUACGACAUCCACUCGAGCAAUGCGGUGGAGUCCCUGGUACAGCUGUUCGGCACCGUGAGCGUCCAGUAUGCCCCGACCUGGUCCAAGGACAUGGUGGCCCUGCUGCGGAAGCUCCUCACAGUGAACCCGGAGCACCGUGUCUCCAGCCUCCGGGACAUGCAGGCAACCCCCUCACUGGCCCAUGUGCCCUGGGACGACCUGAGCCAGAAGAAGGUGGAGCCGGGCUUUGUGCCAAACAAAGGCCGCCUGCACUGCGACCCCACCUUCGAGCUGGAGGAGAUGAUCCUGGAGUCACGGCCCCUGCACAAGAAGAAGAAGAGGCUGGCCAAGAACAAGUCUCGCGACAGCAGCAGGGACAGCUCCCAGUCCGAGAACGACUACCUGCAGGACUGCCUUGACGCCAUCCAGCAGGACUUUGUGAUUUUUAACAGAGAAAAGCUGAAGAGGAGCCAGGACCCCACAGCCCAGCCGCUCCCUGCGCCCAGGCCCCAGGAGGAGGCAGAGCCACCAGCGGACGGCGAGGUGGCGGGGUCCACCCUGCCCAUGUGCGGCCCCCUCUGUCCAUCCACGGGCAGCAGCUAG